AUGGCCUCCGACAAUGAUUCAUCGGAUCUCUCGUCGCUUUCAUCGCUUUCACCGGUUCCAUCCGAUGACGAGCUCGAUGCUGGCAACGGAGCGCCCAAGAAUGAUGGCAUUCUGAAGUUCUUCUCCAAGGUAUCGGAGCAAUCGCCUAGAUCGCCAUCGCCUCCCCCGAGAAAAAGAUCGCCGUCGCCGACUCACGAAUACGUCCUCGCCGAUAACCCCGAUAUUGCUUUCAUUGUCAUGUUUAGAAGCCGAUUUAUCGAUGCGCUACCGAAAUCGCUUGCGAAUUUCGGUCCUCAGGAACUGGAGCGAGAUGUUGUCGAGCCCAUCCCAGGAGACCGCGCAGAGCACUUUCUGUGCGCGCUUCUAGGACUACUGUUGAAUCGAAAACAAGACGUCAAACCUGGACACUACAACAGGGCGUUAGAGGACGCGAUUGCGUCGCACAAGGGCCAGUGGCCAGCCUCGUGGGAGGACAAAAGCCCCUUGACUGGUGGCGGUGGAUUUAACACCAUGAACCCUACACAAAGACUUACCCUUCUCCGAACAUUAAUCUUGUGGACAAUGUCUUCUUCGGAGAGUGUCAAGGCCAUAAUCAACCAAGCCUACAAACAAAACCGACACGAAGACGACUUGAACCAACCUCGCGCAGUUCAGCCAUGGGGCUCUGACGGCGACAAGAGAAGAUACUUCUUGGUGGAGGGCCAAGAUGAUACUGCGUUCCGCGUAUACAGGGAGAGCAACCCUGCCGGAACGAACCGCACAUGGUGGAGUGUCGCUGGUUCGAUUGAGGAAUUAAGGGCACUGGCAGAGAAGCUCAAUACGAAAGACGGCGGCCCCAAGGCGAAGAAGCUUAGCAAUAAGAUGAUACAGGCAAUUCCUCGCUUCGAGGCGGGUGAAGAGAAACGAAAGCGCCGCGAGUACCGCCUAAUGCGCAAGGAACAGUUCAAGCGACCAGAGCCAGGCUUUUCCAUGUACGAAGGCAGAACUCGUGGUAAGCGUGUCAAGUAUACCUACUCCGAUGAUGAAGACAUGUUCUAUUCCGAUUCGACCAAUCGUCGAUCGGCGCGUAACACAGGCGCAAACACGCCGGCAGAGCCGCCGACGACAGCCAGCGGACGUACCGUCCGUGUACCUUCACGAAUGGGGGCAGGCGAUGACAGCGCCGCGGCAAGCAUCCAAGGGGAUUACUCGGAAGCUGACCGGGAGGGCUCCGUUGGGGUCACCGGUAGACCGCGGCGAGCCGCAGCGACCGGCUCAGCAAAUGGUUGGGGUGAGGCAAAUGGCCGUGGCCACAGCAAUAGGCCUUCGUUAGACUCAGACGAUGCUGCUAGUGAGGCUGAAUUUGGGGAUGAUGAAGAGGACGCGGAGGCGCACGUACCGGAAGAAUCCGAGGAAGAGGAUGAUGAGUUUGACGAGGAUGAGGCCAUGGUUGAUGAUGAUAUUGAUGACAGUCCAAAGAGCCUUGUGGUCAAGUUGGCCAUCAAGACACCAAACUUGAGAACUGCUCUGAGCCCUAUUGAGUCAGUGCCGAAUGCACUACCAACUCCAAAUGUUGAGGAUCAGAAGCCAGCGCUGGGUGAGACUCCAUCCAAGGCCGUCGUCGAUGUUAUCAUGGAGGACUCGCCCGCACAGGAGGCUGGGCGAGAAGAGCAGUCGGCGCUGCUCACUGAAACUAAGCACGAAGACCAGUCCGCUGACAAGCCCGAUGCUCAGACUGAGCAAGCUGGACCUGACAUUGUGGCUGCCAGCUCUACUGCCGUUUCCUCGGCACCGUUGGCAUUCCGCGGCAGCCCCGAGAAGAAGCAUGUACAACCGGCUGCAGUGCCAGGCAUUAUCAACGCGCCCCAAUAG